AUGAGCCCUACUUCGUCUACAUCCACAUCCACAACUGCGGUUAUGACACCAAGGAAACUCCAAUCCGAGUAUAAUCGGACGAUGACCAUGGCCCACAACGGCACAAUAUCACCUCCAAUACCGAACUCCCUUUUAUCAGAGGGAGACACCCGAAAUCCAACGUUGAGGAUUAUUCAUUCUCCUCCACAUACACCACCCAGGAAAGUUUGUCUACCGACCAACGCUGCGCCUGGACCAGGGCCGACACGGCGUCAACGCCAUCAUCAUCCCAUUCUGAGGACCCAGAUUCCCAACAGUGCAGCGCCUCAACCGCAUACAUAUUCACCCACCACCCCCCUACAAAAUACCUCUUCAACGACCAACGCCCCCACUUCCACUUCCACAUCCGCAACUGCUGGUCCCUUGGACAAAGCAUUCUCCGUCCAUGCCUCGCGCAUGCGAGCGGACCUCUCCGAAAUCCGCGCGGUGUGUAUGGCGCUAUUUAUGCACGAGCAGGAGGAGAAGAGGCGGCUGCACGAGGUGUGCGUACGCGUUAUGCGGGAGCGCGACGUUGCUAGGGCAAAGGUCGGCGAGCUAAUGCGGGGGCAGCAGACCGGGCAAGUGAAUUUUAGCCACAGUGGGGUGUCAAAUAUAAGUUCCAUGUCGAGGGAUGGAUCUCCUUCGUCUCCGAACGCCAAUGUGGAUGCGGAUGUCAGUGCUGUACGAGGCGGAAAGAGGACUAGGGACGCCGAUAUCACUCCCUCAGGCAGUUCAACUGGUAUGGAAAACCGGUCUCCUGGUUCUAUUAGCAGGAGCCCCCGUACAGUCCGCCCACUGCGCAAAUCUUCCCCACCUCUCUCGCCUCUCCAGGGGAUCCAGAGCCCCGAACUGCAGCAUUUCGCAUCUCCUCCCCCUCCCCUGAGCUCAGUCUCAAACGGUAGCGGCACAGGCACGGCGCCGCCUAACUCAGCUCUCAGCGACGAUUCGUCGUCUGCGAGCUCGAGCGGUUUUUCUUCGCAGUCGCGUUCGCGGUCGAAUUCGUACGACGACCUCUCGUCGACCUCCUCAUCCUCAUCCGCAUCCGCGUCGGCGAUGUAUCCGUAUGCUUCUGUGAAGCGGCGCAAGUCGUGCGACGGCGCUAUCCACGUCCAUACUGAGACACUCCUCCCUCCUGUCCAGUCGUUGCUCAUGCAGAGCGAUGCCUCACCACACAAUUAUAACGAAGGCGCCAUGCCACGGAGUCUAAACUCAAACACCGCGCCACAUGUGUUGAAAGGGACAUUCCCACACGUCGACAUCAUGUAUCUCCCCGUCGACGGCGGGCUGGUAUGCAGAGCAUGUUUGCUGGACGCGUCAAAGUCCAAGGGGACGACAACAUUGGGCACACGCUCACCGCAAUCAAAAGGUACUGCAUCUGCCUCCCCAUCCCCUGGUGGCAGUCCCAAUCUUAAUGCGAAGCACGCAGCGACCACCUUUCCGGCUACUGCUUCUUGGGACACGCUCCGCGAUCACUGUGUGUUUGCGCACCCUAAUGAAUGCGCGGAUGUGCAGAGGCUGCAUCCCGCGGAGAUCUUCGAGUUGAGGCGGAGGUUACGCAUGUGA